UUUGAGGCACAGGCUCCACCCCUCGUCCAAUCUGUUUCCGGCGUCGGUACGCGGCGGUGGUUGGCUGGCGAGUCGGGCAACAUGGCGGCGUCCGUGCUGGGCUCGCUGCUGCGGACUUUCCGGCAGGUAAUUCCUUCAUCAGCAUCAAGUCAAGUUCGAAGUUACUAUGUAGACUGGAAAAUGUUGCGUGAUGUGAAGAGACGGAAAAUGGCUUAUGAAUAUGCAGAUGAGAGGCUUCGGAUCAAUUCGCUCAGAAAGAACACCAUUUUGCCUAAAGACCUUCAGGAAAUAGCUAGUGAAGAGAUUGCUGCCCUUCCACGGGAUAGCUGUCCUGUGAGAAUCAGAAAUCGGUGUGUUAUGACAUCCCGUCCACGUGGUGUAAAGCGUCGCUGGAGGCUUAGUCGCAUUGUCUUCCGCCACUUAGCUGACCAUGGGCUACUUUCUGGAGUUCAGCGAGCAAUAUGGUAAAUCAGUUUCAGAGCCUACUCAGCUGCCCAGGAAGCCAAUCCUGGCAAAAGAGACUUUACUAAUAGACUAAACCCUAGUUUUUAUAGGGUCUAAUAUAUUUAACCUACCUGAUACUGUCUACAGUUAAAUUACUUUUAGAUUUUUAAAUGAAGAAAUGUGAUUUCUGUCAUUGAAACAUCUUUCCUCUUAACUUUACAAUAGGCAUAUUACUCCCAUACAAGGCAUAAGAGUGAAAUAAAAAUAUUUUCUGCAGAAGUAUUUUGUUUUCCUUCAAGUUUGACGUUUAGUAACAA